CAGCUGCGAGCAGCAACAAAACAAGCCAGGCCAGCGGAUACAUAAACAAAAGUAGCAGCCCGCUGCAACCCCUCGGAGCCAAAAACCGAACCACCACCACUACCACUUGCACCACCCAACCACCAAUAACAACAACGGCAGCCCAUCUGUAACCAAAGACCUCCGCAGUUAAUAUUACUUUUUCGAUCGAAAUCCGCCAGCUCCACAGACAUGGCUCUGGACUUUGUGGCCACCUAUAAGGUUCUGGUGCUAGGGGACUCCAAUGUGGGCAAGACCUGCAUCGUUCACAGGUAUUGCGAUGAGAAGUACUACGACACAUAUAUCUCGACCAUAGGCAUAGAUUUCAAGCAGAAGCUGAUUAACCUCGAUGGCGUGCCCAUAAAGCUGCAAAUCUGGGACACGGCAGGACAAGAGAGAUUCCGGACACUGACCACGGCAUAUUACAGGGGCGCCAUGGGCAUCCUGCUCAUGUACGAUGUGACCAAUCUGGAGAGCUACAACAACCUGUCCUACUGGUUGCGCAACAUCCAGGAGAACGCCUCGCCGGACGUCGUUAAAGUCCUGGCGGGCAACAAAUGCGAGUGCUCCGCCACCCAGCGAAUGGUGGACAAGGAAAGGGGCGAGAAGAUUGCCGAGAACUUUGAUAUGCCCUUUUUCGAGGUGUCUUGCAAGUCGAAUAUAAAUAUUGAGGAUGCUUUUCUGUCACUAGCCCGCAAAAUCCGAGAGCAAAGAGAGAGACGGGGGGACAACUUUGACAACGACGAGAGCAAAGACAAGAAAUCACCCGGCUCCAAUGGCCUCGGAACCUUUAGUCUUGGCAGUCUUUCCGGCGACAAUCGCUGCACCUGCUAAAAUACUCAUUGAUGGAUUACGAUGCGAUCGCAACCGCAACCGCAAACCGCAAAACCUGAACAAGUUGUCCAAAGCUAUUGAGCGUUGUAGCGUUGUAGCCAAAUGUUCGUGAAUAGGCCGCGUUUUAAAUGCAAACCACUUGAGGGGCUGCCUGCAUUGCAUUCUGUGUAAAGCAUUCAGAUUGUGCAUUUUAAGGUACACUUAGUCCAAGAGGAGAUAGCAUAAAUAUUUUAGAAUAUUCCUGCAAAUACAUAACGGUCGAUUAUA